AUGUCGAACCCAAACGAUUGUAUAGGGGAUUACAAAGUCUUAGUCUCAUAUCCAAACCAUCCCGAGGCUUUGACUUUGCUAAAGAGAAUUGCCUCCUCUGUACUCAUAGUUAAGCCAAUAAUGAAAAAGUAUGGGUGGCGUGUCGGAAUUUUGAAAGAAUUUUUCCCCGAAGAUCCGUGUUUACUUGGCCUAAAUGUAAAUCACGGUGAAGAAAUACGUAUUCGAUUACGGGUAGCACAUGAUAAUAGAAGAUUUUGCGAAUUUGAUGAUUUAAUUGGAACCAUGUUGCACGAAUUGACGCAUAUUGUUCGCGGGCCACACGACGCCGAAUUUUAUAAAAUACUAGAUAAUCUGAACAACGAGUAUGAUGAACUGCUUAAAAGAGGUUACACUGGCGAGGGCUUCUUUACUGUGGGUCAUCGAUUGGGUGGAGCUUCGAAUGUGCCGAUAGAAGUGGCACGAAAAAGAGCUCUAGAGGCAUCCGAAAAAAGACGAUUAAAGGAUCAAGUGAUGAUGAAAGGAGGACAAAAAUUAGGCGGGGGUAAUCUUUGGAGUGGAUUGUCAGUAUGGGAGAAAGCUGCACUGGCUGCCGAAAGAAGGAUGAUGGAUAAUGUCUGGUGUGGGAAUGAAGGAUAUAGUAAUAGUGGAUCACGUAAAAAUAAUAAAACACCUACAGCUCGAUCUAAAGCUGAAAAAAGUCAUCCGAACGUAAUUCCCCGAUUAGCUUUAAAUCCGCCGCUGAUUCCGCCAGAAUCAUCAGCAGCAGAAGACUGGGCAGAAUGGACAUGUAUCUCUUGUACAUUGGUGAACAAACCUUUGGUCCUUCAAUGUGAAGUUUGUAAUACCAAACGUCACAUAGAUGUCACAAAUUCUGGCCCAAACACUCGGAACAUAUCAUCAGUCGUUAAUACGAAUCAAGAUUUUAUAGUAGCAAUGGAUAAGCACGCUGAAAUACGCAAGUCUACUUGGUCCUGUAAAAGAUGUACUUUUGAAAAUGCUCAUGAUGUGAUUAUGUGUUUGGCGUGUGAUUACCUAUUAGAAGAUAGGAUCUCGUGA